AUGCCUUCUUACUCACGAGCCCGUUGGUCCGUGAUUCGGAAGUUCUCACGUUUUCAUCGCACUUACACGAAACCAAGCACCUAUCAAACACGAGGCAUCACCCUUAACUACGAAAAUAACGGUGUCGCACCAUGGAAUCUCUUCCUUGUUCUCAUACUCCAAAUCAUGAAUCAGCUACAGCCAUCCCCUUCUCAUGUCUCGGACGCCCAAGCGCAUGAUCGUCAUGUCGUCUUGCCCGACUUCCCUCUCGAAUUGCCCCCAUUUGCAAUUUCCGAGUCGGACUCUCACUCAGACUCUCUUGAGGAUCUUUUCCGACCAUCAAUCAGGGUUGUCCUCAUCAGUUCAUUUGCCGAUGUCCAAAAGGCCUAUCAACAUGGAGACACCAUCAAUCGACUUUAUCCAACGCUGUCCCAUUCUAACUUCACUUUCGACGAGAGAAUCCGCAUGAACACGCAACUCGUUCUAUUUUGUCAUGAAGAGAGGCUUACACUAGAGGACCUGACGAUGUCGAAGAUGUCCUAUGAUCACAUGGCAGCUCUGAUACGCAGCUCGCCAGAAUAUGCCAGCGAAGGGACAACUCAAUCACUCAUUUUCUUGAAAGUGGAGCUCCCGAUAUUGGGGCGCACUCACCACAAACUCCAGAGAAUAUUGAAUGAGGAAAGUUUCAACGACAUCAAGUCGAUCGUGUUAAUUGUUUGUGGGUCCGGUGAGGUGACCGAGAUAGACCAAUGCUGUGACGAGAUUAAGGACCGCUGGAAUGAUCUCGUCCUCCUCGCCAAUCAGGAUUACGAGAUGGAAACAAAAUUCGAACCUGAAGAUCUCCACGAUGCUGAAGAAGCAGUGUUAGAUGCCCUCGUAGAUUCUUAUCUCCAGUUAUGUGAUUGA